CUUUAUGCAUAUUAUAUAACGUGUGGCUAUAUAAAUAUAUGUACAACUCUAUGUAUAUAUGUUUAUGGCCAGGCAUCCAAUGUAGUGACAAGGAUUGACAAGAUCUAAUAUUGCAUAUGAGAAAUAUUGCACAUAGAAACUACCAUGGUGUAUAGUACGCUGCAGGUAAGGAAGGAAAGUAGCCUUGCAGGGAAGGAAAGAAUGGUCCAAGUCAGGCCAAACGACGACACUGUGUGGGUUGAGGAGGACAUUGGAAUGCCCAGUGCAGAAGCAAAUCGUUCGUGCUUCACUGCGCAAGCUGGACCCACAGAGUCUGCUAAGCGUAAAGUUACAAGUGUGCUCCAAAGCUUCCUUUGCCUGUUAGACGUGGGAAUGCUGCAGACCAUCAGAGAGUGCACGGUACAUCAAGCCCGCAUAACAGAGCCGGACUGGAAUUUGGCAGUUCAUGAACUUAUGGCAUCCAUUUCAAUCCUGUUUGUAAGAGCAAUCAUGUGUCCUGUUGGUGCCAUUGUGGAUUGCUGGUCAGAAAGUUUUCUGGUGCCACUAAUCAAAGAGACAAUGCCCCGAGAUAGAUUCAUUUCAAUUAUGCAACACCUUCGAUUUGAUGACAGGGACACGCGGGCAGAACAGGUGAAAACAGACAAAUUUGCAGCGAUCUCCGACAUCUGGACACGCUUCAACGAGAACUGUGCUAAGAGUUUCACUCCAGGGGAACACAUGACCAUAGAUGAACAGCUGUUCCCUACCAAGGUUCGUUGUCCAUUCACCCAGUAUAUUGCAACCAAGCCAGACAAAUUUGGGAUCAAGUUCUGGAUGGCCACGGAUUUGGACACCAAAUAUGUCUGCAGUGCAUCUCCUUACUUGGGAAAGGACCCCAGUCGUCAGAAGGGAGAGAGGCUGGCAGAGAACGUGGUCAUGGACCUGAUGGAGCCGUUUUUGGAUGAUGGAAGAAAUGUCACAACGGACAAUUUCUUUACUUCACUGUCACUGUCGCACAGACUGCUGCAGCGCAAAACAACAUUACUGGGCACGGUGAAUAAAGUCCGGCGUGAACUUCCUCAACUUGCAAAAGAUACUGCAAAGCGAGAGUUCCAUGCACCAAGACGUGACGAUCGGUGACGGCAGAAAGAGGAAACCCAACACGAUCACAGACUACAACCACAUGAAGUGUGGUGUAGACGUGUUGGACCAAAUGGCACGGAUGUAUUCUGUAAGAUCAGCAACACGCAGGUGGCCAGUAGCGGUUUUCUACAAUAUGCUGGACCUGGCGGCAGUGAAUGCCUACAUUUUGUACAAGGCAUGUACAGGGUGGACAGGCAAAAGAAGAUUGUUUCUGCGUCUUCUAGCUCAGCAACUUCGUAGCCGAUUCAUGCAGCACAAGGAAAUCUUAGCACAGAGGCAGGCUGCUGCAGCUGCUGUGCCAGGGACUGUAAAGACAACGCAGUGCCAGGUGCAAGAGAGCUGCAACAGGAAUCGCAGCAGAUUUACCUGUGCA